UAAGUAUAAAAAAAUCUAUCAAAGUGCUAGUAUUAUGUGUUGAAAUUUAUUAGCUGGUAGGCAAUGUUAAGUUUAACAUCUCUAUCUCGGAAGCAGAACACGUCUUACUGCUGCUCUGCUAAUUGCUUGGCUUUAGUGUCUCCAUAAAUGAAACAUGGCACAGAGUUCGCACGGAGGCAGCCAUCGACGAAGUCGCGAUCACGAUGGCAGUUCGAUGCGGUACACCAACACAGACUGGGAGGCGAAGGAGGCGCUCUAUCAACGCGAGCUCGACGAGGCACGGGCCCGGGCUACGCAAAUGGAGAAAACCAUGCGCUGGUGGUCAGACUGCACCGCCAACUGGAGAGAGAAGUGGAGCAAGGUACGUAACGAACGAAACAAAGCUAGGGACGAAGCCAAACAGUUCAAAAACAAAGUCGACGUUCUCACCAAAGAACUAGCGGUACUAAGAACAGAGAAAACCGAUCUAGAACAGCAGUUAAUCGAGCUGAAGAAGGAGAAUGAAAAACUACUGAGCAUAGGUGAGAGCAGGAUAGUAUCAGGCGAUCUAACCGCGGAAGAUGGCGUCGAACUAAGGAGAAAAGGGAUAGGAUAUGUUUCACCAAACGAGCCGACAUCUAGACAAAGAGCUUCAUUAGACUCCCACAAAUUCGCUAACGUUGACAAUGUCCUCGCAAAUAAGUUAGGCGAAAUGAGAUUGAGGUUAGAUGAAACGUUCAAAAAUCUACAAAGCGAAAAAGAUCAGAAGGCCUUUCUACUUACAAAAGUCGAAUCCCUCACAGCUGAAUUGCAUAACACCAAAAUGGAGUUAACACACAAUGACAGAACUUUGGGUUCCGACUCUAGUCACAGUGAAGUCGAGAGGCUGCAGAAUGAACUGCAAGACGAAAUAGCUGCAAAGCAGGUGUUAGAGGAGAAAAUUGCAGAGUACAAAAUGGAAGUCGAGAGACUCAAAUCAGAAAACAACAUCCAAUGGAGUAAGCGGGAGCUUCUGGAAACUGAAAACAUAGCGAUAUUACGCGAGAACAAGAAACUUUACAGCCAAGUCUGCGAACUUAGAGAGCAGAUUCACAAACUAAACAGAAUGUCUGAUGGAAGCGCGUACGGGUUACCCUUCAACGAACAUAAUAGACUGGAUUCUAACGUUUUAUACGUUAGGAAAACCAGCGUUAGCCCGAGAUCACACGAAUCUAGUAAUGGUUCCUCUGAAGCUAAUUUAGCGCAUUACGAAACUAAAACGAACACGUCGGGCGAAGACGACGAACUUGCGAUAGUGGAAAGAAACGAAAACUGAGCACUUACUUUUUAAUAAAGUAGGUAGAAAUCUGAAGAAAAUCAAUUGAAUUAUUUUUGAAGUUCAAUCCAGGUUUGAAGUUCUCUUUAAAUAAAUGAUGUUGUCAAAGGAAAAAGAAGAAAAAUAAAAUAGUUUGGAAAUAAAAACUUAAUAGUCUAUUGCCCAGUUACAAAAUAAUAUCAUUCAUUGCAACAAAGUACAAAUGGAACUUGCAAUUAAUAUUUUGCAGUAAAUAUUGAAUGCCUAUUUAAUUUAUUCCGUUAAUGACAUUCCGCUAAUAACUUAAUACUUAUUAAAUGCUUUUGAAAACUGUACCUUAUAUUCCUAACAUGGGUAACUCUAUUAGUAGUAGUUUGAGUCUAAAAUGUUUGAGCAAUUUGUUAUUUUUUAUUUUUUAGAUUGACUUUAAAUAAAAGGCACUAACAUUUUCUAUCGAAUUAUCAACGCCAAGUUUUUGAGUUAAAGAAUGAUUUUGUAAGUCGAAAUAUCUGAUACAAUAUUCUGUAUAAAUGUUAGUGGUUGUUAACAAUUGUGAUAGUUUAGUUGUAAUAUAUGUGUAAUGUGUAGUUUUAGAACAGAAAUUUAUAUAGGUUGGUAAAAAUACCUAACGAAAAAUUAUAUUUGAUCUGAAUUGUGUGUGUAGGUUGAAAGAAAGAAAUUAUUUGUGGACAUUUAAACAAUAAUAUUUUUUGUUUAUUUCGAUAUAAUAAUGAUUGAAUAAUACUUUUGCUAAAUGACAGUAAAUUAAUAUGGUUUCAUCUGUAUUUCUUUUUAAGUUUACUAAUGUUUUCAUUUUAUUUCAUUUUAGUUCUGUCACAAAUAAUGAAUGUUUAAAAAAUAAAUACAACAAUUGAAAAGUACCUUCUUCAAAAUUAACUUAAUAUUAUUGUGAUAAGUGAUAACUGAUAACAUAACUACUAUCAUAAUAAUUUUUCUCUCAUGUGAUUAAUUUGAACAAUACUGAUUAGAUGUUUACUAUUGUAUAAGUUUUUGAGACUAUCUCUUGACCUAACAUUCUAUGGUGAUAUUAUUUUCACAAUUAUGUACCUAAGUUUAAUUACUUAGUUAGUAAAAAUAAAUUAUGUAAGGCCUAACGGACACCAAACAAAAAAAAUUGUAUUCAUAGAUGUAUAUAUUAGUAUUAAGAAUCUAUUUAUUUAGCUUGACUUGCCUGAUUUAGUUUUUAAGUUGAUUCUCAGGAAAUAACUUUGAUAAGACCAAUUUUUUCGAUGUAUAAAGACAAGUAGGUACGUAAAGUACAACCGACGACACACUGAUGUACCUGCGCAGAAAUAUUAUUUUUAAUGGCGCGAAAAUAUCUCGGCCAAUCAUAGCGCGCGUCCGCCCGCUAUUGGUUGUUGCCUAUACGCCAUGUUUUGGACGCGCGAAUUAUGAGCGAGAUAGCAUGGGUCUCCUUUUUGGGGUUUUGGGGGGGGGGGGGGGGGGGGUUUAGUCUAAGAUGACUAUGUCACCCCCGUACGUUCACAUAGUGGCACACAUUGGCAUAGACUUGCGAACGCGUACAAAUCACGGCAAACAAUUACAGAGCAAAAAACGACUUAGUGUAGGAAAGUUGGCGCAUUCGGUCUGCCUAGGCUGUAACGCCAGUUUAGUCGGUACGAAGCUGAGUAUAAAGUAUAGCGUCGAAUUAGCUUGAAUGUCAAUAUACGAAGACCUAGGACAAUAUGAGAGUUUCGAAUCGUCCUAGAUUUUCAGCAUUCGAAUUUCUCAAAGUUAUUUCCUUUUAAUAACGAACUUUUUUACAUUGGAAAAUAGGUAAAUUAAUAAACAAUAUGUGCGCAUUUAUACUGUUUUAUUAGCAUUCGUUAUGAUGAAAAUAAAUAAAGAUAUAGAAGCA